UUUCUGUUUCAGAAGGAAGAUGUCAUUAAUGCGGAAAGGGACGAAAGACUGUCUCUUCGGAAACAUCGCUUCAGGCAUUUUGCAUCGUUGGAAUAUGAAGGAGAACAUUACAUGACACCAAGAGAUUUCUUGUUCUCGGUAGUGUUUGAUCAAGUUGAACGUAAGGCAGAUGCCAAGAAACUGACAAAAAAGGAGGUAGAUGCUGAACUGCUGUGUGUUGCCAAAGCUAAACCAGGACCAACCUUUUUUAGAGAGCUCGGCGAUAAAGGGUUAAUAUCUUAUGCAGAGUACCUAUUUCUGCUGACAAUCCUUACGAAACCCCAGACUGGAUUUCAGAUUGCCUUUAAAAUGUUGGAUGCAGAUGGCAAUGAACAAGUUGAAAAGAAAGAAUUCUUUAAGCUGCAGAAAAUCAUUGGGAAGGAAGAUGAUUUGAAAACAGCCGGAGACGAUACAGUAUUUCAG